CUCGCAAAACAUCAUCCACCAUUCAUUCGUUCGUCGCCGUGUCUGCGGUCCAAACGUCGCGUCGUUGUGCAUCCGUCGUCUGUUCGUGUGAUUUUUUGGUGGAGAUUAUUGCUUUUAAAGUGCGCACUGCUGUGCUGUGGGGCUGCUGCCCUCCCACUGUUCUGGAAAAUAAUAAAGUCUGAAGAUUUGGUGCCGGAAAAAUCGGUUUUUCAUUUCGAGUGGCAGUGUGUUCCACGGAUGUUAGUGCAAUGAAAAAGCAGCCAUCGGAGGGAGUAGUGUUGUGUUGAUUGUGAUGGGAAAAAUGGCAACAAGGAAAAAAUAAAGUUUCCCUCUUGAGACCCGGAGCUUUCGGUUGAUGCUACUUUCUCGUAUUUUGUGCUACCCGGAGGAAGCUUGUUAAAUUUCGUGAAAACGGUAGUUUCGUCGACGGAAGAAAAUUGGAUUUCCAGUGUCUGGGAGUGUUUGGUGCAAGUUUGUUGUGCAAAAGACGAACUCCUCCCCAGGGGUGAAAGAAGAAAAAAAAGACCCUAUCCACUUCGGGAUAUCGAAAUUUUGCGGCCAUCUUUCCAUCGUCGCUGUUGCCCUGCCUGCUGCGUACGUGUGCUCCGCAGCACCAGAGGAGUGCGAAGCGAAGAGGAACAUUCGGAUUUGGAGUGGCUGCUCAGUGUGAAUGUGUGAGUGCGCAUUCUGCGGUGGUGUGUGCGUAUAUUUUUGGGUGGUGGAAAUUUUUUUCGUGGAAAACCCAAAGUAGGCCACCCUCCGGUGGAAGCGAAUCUACGCCAUUGGUGGAGAAAAAAAAACAAAAAAAAAAGGCACGACAAACCUUGAAGGUUGUUGAAGGGAGUCUGAAUAAAACAUCGAUUGAGUGUUUUUGCUGGUGUUAAUGCGUGCGUCUAGCUGAAGUGGAAAAGAAUCAAUAAUCAAUUUGGAUUAAGUUUUUAUCAUUAUUGAAGAAAAUAUACGAAAUAGAAGAAUGUCUUCGCAAACUACUUCGACUCCAAUAGCAACUGGGUCCGGCACUUCUGCUGCUGCUCUUGCGGCAGCGGCCGCGGCCGCUACCGGGACAAACAUGGAGACCGACGAUCUGGUUGAUCCGAUGAAUGACUUCCUGCCGCUGCUGCCGGAGAACAUCAAGCAGGAGCUGUUCGAAGGAACCGACAAGGGCACGGCCAAUCCGUGUGAUAGCGCUGAUAAUAAGGGUGACGCUCCGGAGACCGCCACCAAUGACACACCGAUCCAGACCAAGUGCGUCUGGUGUCAGCAGAUCCUGGCCACAACCGAUCGUCCGAAGCUACUGGAAUGUUUGCACGUGGCAUGCGAUCCAUGCCUGAAGCAGAAAUUCUCCGACCUCCCGCACAACACGCCGGUCCUGUUUUGUCCUGUGUGCAAGAUGGAAUCCCGGAUGGAGUUCAUCAUCGACAACGUGUUCCUGAGUGAAAACACGGCGGACGAAAAUCCGAGCAGUGUGGAAUCCACCAAGGACAUGAUCAAGUGUAGUAGCUGCUCGGACGACGCCAUUGCCACGUCCUGGUGCGUCGAGUGUGCGGAAUUUAUCUGUGAUAGCUGUGUGCAGGCGCAUCAGCGGCUGAAAAUCACCAAGGAGCACACGAUCAAAUCGAAGGAAGCGGCCAGCAGUGAAACGCCCGGCAGCAGUGGCCUCCCCGGGAAGAACAUCAUGUGUCACAUACAUUCGCAGGAAAAAUUGUCCCUCUACUGCGAAACAUGCGAUCGGUUGACGUGUCGCGAUUGCCAGCUGGUGGAUCACCGGGAUCACAAGUACAAAUUCGCCAACGAGAUUGCAAGUGAAACGCGGAAUUCCCUGCAGGCCCUGCUCAGCGAGAUCAGCUACAAGAAGGUGCUGCUGUCCAGUGCGAUGAAGGUGAUCGACGAUCGGCAGGCGUUGAUAACGGAGAAGAAGAAGGAACUGUCCAAAGAGAUUGCCGAUCUGGUGGUGAAGCUGACCAAUGCGGUCAACAUGCGGGGCAAGCAGCUGGUUUACCGAUUAAAUCAGGUAUGCGACACAAAGCUGCAAGUAUUGAACGAGAAGAAGGAAGCGCUUCAACUGCUGUCGGGACACACGGAUCAUUGCAUAGAAUUUGUGCAGUGUGCCCUGGAAAAGGGCAGCGACAGUGCAGUUUUGUAUAGUAAAAAGACACUGGCGAGGCAUUUGCAGAAGGUGAAAUGCCAGCGGGCGGAUAUUCCCAACCCGGAAAUACCCGUUCGAGUGCAGUUAUUCCUAUCGAAUGUUCCUGAACUACAGAAUGUCAUCGCUCGCAUCGGUACCAUUCUCGUAGACGGCAAAGUCUACCCACCACCUCCGGGACCGGCAGGCAAUGCCGGUCCACAAGGUCCCGGAGCAGUUCAGAACCGUUCCAAACAGCCAAGCCCCAACAUUACACCUCCGCUGCGACCGGGAAUGCCCGGUCCGGGUAUGACAACACUUUCUUCUAACAAUGCCAACGGUCCCGGUGGCUUCCCCAAUGUGCCACCUAUGUACAAUGGCAACGGAGGGGUCUCAGUGGGAGGUCCAUUCCCUCCGAGUCAUCCGAUGGGACGAACGUUUGCUCAGGAAAAUGGCCCCGGAGGUGCUUUCGGUCGGUUUCCUAUGGGACCACCGCACGGGAUGCCACCCCAACAGCAUGUCAGUUCCUCAACACAUCCGCAGAAUAUGGAUUUACGUAAUCUUUUGAGUCAUCAAAAACCGAGCGGACCGAGCCGCUGUUCGCCCAACAACGCUCCGAGUUCGGGUGGCAAUGCUAAUGUUAAUAAUCAAUUUAACACAGCUAACUUCAUGGGUAGUGUUCCGCCGGGCUCCGGAGGUCCUGCCCAGCAUCGGAUGGCUGCCCAGAUGGGUGGUGCACCUCCGGGCUACCUCGGCGCAGGAGGCCACCAAAACUUCAAUCAAGGUCAACCCGGCCCAAACAGUAACGGCAUGGGUAUGGGCGGUAACAAUCCACGCUUCCAGAACUUCCAAAGAUUCGCGAUGCCUCCGGCUGCCAUGCGACACAUGAUGGGAAACAAUACCUCUACUCUCCUUACACCAAAGCAACAAGCAGCGAUGCGCUAUCCUGGUCAGCAGACUCCACCAGGCUACAAUCCCAACUCACCACAGCCCGGUCAAAUGCAACCGCAGCAUCCCAGUGGGAGCACUGCCGGAGGAGGCGCUGCUGGAGGCGGAGCCAAAUGGCACAUUCCCCAAAACAUGCAGGGCCAGCAAAAUAAUGGAUUCGGGGGCCCAUCAGGUCUGCAUCUUUUCGGUAACGGACCGAAUGAAUCGUUUAAGAUUCCCCUGAAAUCCCCGGACACAAUGCGUAAUUCGAUGAUGAUAAACGGUGGCAACGCUGGUCCUGGUGUCCCUGGAAGUCCAAGCCAAAUGGUGCAUCAUCUCCAACAACAACAACAGCAACAUCAACAGCAACAACAGCAACAACAACAGCAGCAGCAACAACAACAACAGCAGCAGCAGCAGCAGCAACAACAUCAACAACAACAGCAACAACAACAACAACAGGCAAACCAUCACCUCCAACAGCUACAGAAUGCGCUUCCCAAUGUUAGUUCCACCAAUCCGAAGACCCCGUCGCCGAGUACGAAUGAGCCCGGAAAGGAUUUUGCCGAAUCGAUUGACAAAACGUGCGAAGAUUCGGUGAACGAUCUGAUGGCCACGAUCGCCAAGCUGGAUUCGAACGGUGUACAGGUGCUACCGGAGGGUCACCGGGGUAAAACCACUUCCCCUCAGGUGCACAGCUCGACGGAUCUCAACACCAGUGGAUUGGUAGCGGGCGCCGGUGCCAGUGUCCUCGUGGACGACAAGAGUCUCCCGAAGGAGUUGGAUCCGAACGAGGAUUGGUGUGCGGUGUGUAUGGACGGAGGCGAGUUGAUGUGCUGUGAUAAGUGUCCCAAAGUGUUCCACCAGACGUGUCACAUACCGGUGAUCGAUAGUCUGCCGGACGAGAGCGAAACCUGGCAAUGUUUGCUGUGCUACAAUUUUGCCGACUUGCCGCCAGAACCGACGGGCGAGAAGCGAAACAUAGGAAUCACCCCGCUGGAAUUGAAAAUCCUGCAGAGGAUUAUACUGGAACUGUUCUGUCAGUACGAAACGAGUAUGCCGUUCCGGCAUCUGGAGCCGGAAUUGAACAAACCAUACUACGACAUUGUGUGCAACCCCAUCUCACUAAUAAUGAUCCGGGACAAGCUGGAGAUGACCAAUCCCGAACACUACACUGACGUUGCGUCGUUCAUUGCCGACAUCAGGCGGUUGUUCAACAAUGUGUAUCUGUUCUAUCAGGAGGACAGCAUUAGCUACAAGAGCGCCCACAAGCUGGAAAAAUUCUUCGAGCAACAGCUGGCCAAGUGGCUCCCGAAGUAUUUGGAAACCGAAAGCUUCGAAGACUACCUGCAGAACCCUGCCAAGCGCAUCAAGAGCCUUCAAGAGGAUUAACAAUCAAUGCCUGGCGGCAUUGAACAACCGCAGGCGUCGCAUCAACAAUCUCCUCAACAGCAGCAGCAGCAUUUUUUUCAGCCACAAAAUAUGCACCAAUCAGAACAGCAACAGCAACAGAAAUUUCAAUCCCCUGGAUCCAGCGAUGGAUCCAGGGUCCACGACGGUACAAGUAGCUGUAGCAACAGCACCAUCAUCACCACCACCACCACCUCCAGCACCAUCAUCACAACAGCAAUCACAACGGCUGCCACCACAGCAGCUGCAGCAGGAGCUGACGACGGUCGAGCCCAGCAGCAGCAAGAUGGGAGGCCUCGUUCAAGGGAGGGAAAAACGAGUGCGCAAGAUGCGAAUGGAGGUAGACUGGACACUGCUGCUGCUGCCGCCGUCGCCGAAGAGUCGAAAGAAGCGGAAACCGGUGCUUAAGCGAAAACUGAAGAAGCCACCAGAGCCAUCGCCUCCAAAACAGCAGACGAAUGAGAGAAAGUUGCCCAAAAAAGCAACCACUUACAAACAACAAUUGUAACAUAGAACUGAAUAGUAAGUUGUAGGUAUGCAGUGCGAGUCGAAGAGCGAAUGUGUGUAGCUGUUUGGCUUCGUAUGUUAGUUGGCAUGAAUCAAAAGAAUACUUUUUGUUUUUGUGGAAAAGGUUUUCACAGAGAUAAACAAAGAUGUGUAAAUAUUAGUUACCUAAGGCUAUUUGGAUAAUAUAUAUAACGCAGUAACGACAUUCUAUAAGAUGGAUGAAAAACCAUAAUACACGCAAUCUCAAUCGAACAAAGCAAAAUUUAAGAUCAAAUCUGGGCUGUUUCGCUGUUAUUUAGUGUACCUAUUUCGAACGAUCGAGCAUUCGAAAGCAAAAUUGGUAAUUGUAAGUUCGUUGCUGAUUUAAUAUGGCGUGCAGAUGGUCGAUUGUGCUGCAUUCCUUGCGGCUUUAUUGGAUAAUUUUAAUUCUCAUUUACGACUCUAUUAUUUAUUACGUCACUCACCAUUUAGGUUAUAUGAUUUAUUCUAAACGUUCUUCAUUUAAGUUGACAACUAUUACUGAUCUAACCGAGAGUGUGCUACACUAAUGGACAAACCUAGAGUUUUGUGAAUAGAAAUUAUGGAUGGAAAAAAACAAACAAACAAACAAACACGUAAAUACUUGUGAAAGUCGGAAAAAUCCGUCAACCAUUAAGCAGUUAUUAUUAGUAGGUAGUGCAUAGAUCUUUUUCGAAUGCUAACAAAUAAUUGGGCACUCUUGAACUGAGAAAUUAUGCGCCAAUCGGACUGCCGAUUGGCAAGGGACAAAGUUUGAUUCAGUAGCAAUUAACUUCUACGUAGAGCAAAGACUACCGAGUAACGAAAUAAGUUUUCCUUCCCCCAUUGAAACAUGUAAAAAAGAUACUAUUUCGCUCCUGUAAACCGUAGUGAGUACUCAUAGUUUUCGUAGAGAUUGAUUGCCCUCUCUCUCUCUCUCUUCUAUCAUCAGUAGUUUAUCUAUUAUCCUAGUUAAGGAAAGCGAGCUUUCUUCCGAGACAGUAAACCAGUAUGAUUUAUUUUUUAUUGUAUACGAGCAAAGUAAGUAACUGUAAAGAAAAAGGGAGACGACUGACAAGUUGAUAUGCUGCAGCAGUCUGAAUAGCGACGAGCCGGGCAAAGGCUUCUGCUCCCUUUCUUCCCUCCCAUGACAGCAGCGAGCAACAAACUGCUAUUCACAACUCACUGAGUAUUGAACUCUUAUUUGGAGAACAAAAACAAACAAAAAGUAAAACCUUGUAGAAAGAUACACAUACACAAAAAGAAAA